UUUUCCAGGCCUCCAAACUAAUAAGUGACCAAAACCAGCUCACAGCAGUUGCAGAAGGGGAGCGGAGAGACCAGCAGCCCAGGAGAGGGGCAUAAGGAGAAGCUGAUACCAUGGCUGUCGUUUUCCAGCCCUCAAGCUGUGGGGGCUCGGGAGGGGGAAAUACAGCUACUGCAGCAUCUUGACAUAAAAUGAAAAAAGGAGGCACUGAUACAUGGACUUUUGGAGAACUUCUGUCAGGUAACUUCUCUUUUUCUCAAUACAUUUACUUGCUGCUCUCCAAACACUGCAUCCCUAUCUCCAAAUCUCUGCAUCCCUAAGAGAAAGAAAUCAGGCAAGGGACGCAGCAGACCUGCAUGGUUGAGUGGGGAGCUUCUGAAAAAGCUCAAGUGGAAGAAGGAAGUCUCCAAUAAGUGGAAGAAGGGACUGACCCCUUGGGAGGAUUACAAGAAUGCUGCCAGAGCGUGCAGGGAUGAAACAAGGAAAGCCAAGGCCGCCCUGGAAUUAAACCUGGCCAGGGAUGUCAAGCUCAACAGUAAGGGCUUCUACAAGUAUAUUGGAAGCAAAAGGAAGACCAGAGAAUUUGUGGGCCCACUGUUGAAUGAGACAGGAACCAUGGUGACGGAGGAUGCGGAGAAGGCAGAGUUACCGAAUGCCUUCUUUGCUUUGGUCUUUACUGCUCGGCCCAACCCUCAGGAGUCCCAGGCAUUGGGGGAACUAACGGGGAAAGAAGACGACUUCCCUUGCGUUGAGGAGGAUGGAGUGAGGGAUCAAUUAGAUCAAUUAGAUAUUCACAAGUCCAUGGGCCCCGAUGGGAUGCACCCGAGAGUGCUGAGGGAGCUGGUGGAAGUCAUUGCUGGGCCGCUCUCCAUAAUCUUUGAAAGGUCCUGGAGAACAGGCGAGGUGCCUGGGGACUGGAGGAAAGCCAAUGUCACUCCAGUCUUCAAAAAAGGCAAGAAGGAGGAGCUGGGGAACUACAGCCCCGUCAGCCUCGCCUCCAUCCCUGGAAAGAUGAUGGAACAGCUCGUUCUGGGUGUCAUCUCAAGGCAUGUGGAGGAAAAGAAAGCUAUCGAAUGGUGGUGCGGCUCCCUGACAUCCUGCAACAGACCAGGACUGAAAAGCUCAAGCUGGUCCCAGGAGCUGUGACCACUGAAGUCACCAUCUGGAAUGCAGUCCUAAAUGCCACCCAUUUGCUUAUUUUGGACUCCAGCAGAGUGUAUCAAAUCAGUCUUCCUGACCCCGAGGGCUGGGAGGUGCAUUCUCAGGUUUUGGCUGUGAG